CAGUUCUGGUAUAGUACUAGUAUGACCUACAGGGUGUUUUCACAUCCGGUGGUUAGCGUAAGAGCCCACUUUCUUGCAUGGCCAAUGAUAAUUGCUACCAAGGUCGAUAUAAGCAGUGCUCAAAGCGCACACUAACCGUUGGAUGCAGCCACACCCUGUAGGCUAGCCAAAAUAAACUUCGUGGCCUACUGGGCUAUACUGCGGAAGCAAACGAGUCUUCGAGCGCACGGCCCGUUGCUCGCGAUGCAUUGCGACUCGUGUCUUUCCAUCGAAUGCACCCAAUUCCCUGCCAACCUUUUGCAUCUUACAAUACAUUCUAUUGACCGCCACAGACAAGUCACAUAAAUACUACCCAGCUGAUCUGACGAGACUCUUCGGCCUUAAUUCUGUAUCAUGGAAGUCAUAACACUACUCCGACUUGGUCGACGGCGUUUGUUCCGAGGAACUAACUUACGCCGCUUGCUCAUAGUGCUAGUCCUCUCCAUGAUCGUGGCUAUGACUGAGAUCUUGAGCAUACACUCCGCGCUGAGCCGAGCAGCUUUGGAUAGACCCGUCAAUUUCGGCCCACAGAGGGUUUUUAUUGUGGGUAUACACUGGAACAACGAGCAAAUUCUGCGAAGUCAUUGGAUCCAUGCUUUGAUCGCCCUGACAGGAGACAUUGGACCGGAGAAUGUCUUCGUCAGUAUCUAUGAAAGUGGGAGUUGGGACGAUACGAAAGGAGCGCUCCGGCUGCUAGAUAAUUUGCUCGAGGAACGGGGAAUACCAAGAAGGAUAAUACUGGACAACACCACACAUCUUGAUGAGAUAUCCAAAUCACCGAGCGUCAGAGGUUGGAUCAAGACGUCUAGGAGCAAAACAGAAUUGCGACGCAUACCAUAUCUGGCUCAGUUACGCAAUGUGGCGAUGCAGCCUUUGUAUGAUAUGCAGAACGCCGCCCUUGCCUUCGACAAGAUUCUCUUUUUGAACGACGUCGUGUUUGAAAGUUCGGAUAUUCACAAGUUGCUUUCGACUAACGAUGGCGACUACGCUGCAGCUUGCGCAUUGGACUUCUCGAAGCCGCCAGCCUUCUACGACACCUUCGCGCUUCGAGAUUCCGAGGGCCACGAAGCCGUCAUGCAAGAGUGGCCAUACUUUCGGUCAUGGACCUCGCGGAAGGCUUUGAAGAACGGACAGCCGACACCAGUAACGAGCUGCUGGAAUGGAGUCGUCGCAAUGAACGCCGAACCUUUCUACCGGGUCCCUCGGCUAGUUUUUCGUGGCGUCCCUGAUUCACUUGCAAGUUUGCACAUCGAAGGGUCGGAAUGUUGUCUUAUCCACGCAGACAAUCCUUACUCCAGCACAGAUGGCGUAUGGCUGAAUCCCAACGUGCGAGUGGGCUAUAGUAGUCAUGCCUACAGAGAAGUCCAUCCUGAAGGGUCCAACUCCUGGAUUCCCCUAUAUUGGAUUGCGCGUGGUUUAUGGAUCAACAGGUUGAUGAGAUGGUUUAGCUCCCCUUGGUUGAAAGAGCUGGUCGUGAAACGUCGCGUAGACCAGUGGGUCAGGGAGCAUCCUAACAGCCAAGAAGUCGGUACUUCGUGCUUGAUUAACGAGAUGCAAGUGUUAGCAGCCAACGGUUGGGCUCACGUUUAA